AUGGACCAUUCCUCACUCGCUGCCGCCCCGCCUCCCAUUCCUCGCAGGUCCCGAGAACGUGAGCGUGGCCGCCACGGUGACACAUCUCCCGAACGCCGCCGCCGAGAUCCUUCCCACCCCGCGCCGCCUGCCAAGACGACUCGCGACCGAGAUCACAACGACGUCUUCGCCGGCUGGUCCACCCGAGACCGAGAGCGCUACGCCGAACGCUUCCUGCGAGACCAAGAACCCGACCAGGUUGGCCCGCUCCCCCCUGCGUCGCCCGAAGUCAUCUCGUCCCUCAUCACCUCUCUGUCCGCAAUAUCCAGGCCAGUGAGCAAUCACUUUGACGGCCCCUCCUACCUAAGCCCAAUUGGCUCGGCAAGUCCCAUUUCGCUGUCACUCCCCGGCUCCCCCUCCCGCGGCGGAUCGUUUGGUGUCGACUACGGCGCCUACGCAAAGCCGUCGCUGAAGCAACUACGAGAGGAGGAUGUGCCCAUAGAGGAUCUCGCAGCCAGCGCCCCCGUCGUCCGGACGUCCAAGCCUCCCAGCGGCUUGUCGGUCCGAACGACUCCCAAGUCACCGAAGAGCCCAAGUUCUCGGGAUUCAUCCGGCCUGCGAGGCAUCCUUUCGCGACGAAGUAGCGGCGCGCUUUCUCGUCCAUCAAGUAAGGGUUCGGCAACAUCCGGCGGCGAGAGUAUCGGCAAGCUCAGCAUCGAGCGCAGCCAAGAACCUUUGUCCCCCGGACCGGAAGGCCACAGCCUGAAGAAGCAACAGUCAUACGAUAGCUGGGGUAAAAAGACGGCGCGGAGUCAACGCGGCCUGAUGUAUAUGAGUAGCAAGGAGAGGUUGCGCGAAAAGGAGGCCGAGAAGAAACGAGCGAGCAUCGGGACCGUCGGGGCGAGCACCAACAGGCUCAGCUCGGCGAGCAAUCCCACGACUCCGCGCCUCGACCCGCUAUCCGCAGAGUCGAUCAUAAACGAGGAAUCGCACGGGGAUUUCACUGUAGGAGAAUACAGCGCCCUAGAAGGGCCCAUCGACACCCUGGCGAAUCCCCGGUUGAUACCUACGAGAGAUUCGUCGCUGCGGAGGAGCAAGAGGUCCUCAGCGAGGGGAUCCCGAACUUCAAAACGGGAUAGCGAGGGCGGUGCGUACGGCACGAUUAUAGAACUAGAAGAGCAAUCUAGCGCCACUCGAGGCUCGCGUAACGACGCGGCGCAACAACGUCAGCCCGACGGUCAAGGAAUUGACCAGCCAAGUCUCGCCGCCGGCUUCACCCACGGCAAUUCCGCCUCAUUGGGCAAACCCCGCCCCGACGCGCCCGCCAUGAGCCCAUCCACGCCUGUGGUCAGCAUGUUUUCCGACGCUCAUGCGAUCGACGACGGUGCACCCUCUCCUGCCGUCGCCCAAGGCCGUCGUCGGGAUCGGGAAGCCAGCGCCGAGUACCGCCGUCGUUCCGGCCGGCUCACGCCAGAUCCGUUCGGUGGAUAUGCCAGCGAAGGUGGCGGGACGACGGUCAAGAAGAAGCGCAGCAGUACGAAGCUCAAACGACUCUCGGGGGCGCCCAGCCUCACGCCCGACGCCGCGGAACUGGGGGCAACCGUGAACAAAAGGCAUAGUGAUCAGCCGACGGUGGCCUACGAGCGGCCCCAGAGCGCCGACAGUGUGGACGACUCUGUGGAAAGCUACUUAUGCAGCCCUCGCCUCAGCCAGAAGAUUAAGCACCCCCAAACAGGCCGCGUCGUCAGCUUCAGUGAGGUCGGGGACCCGAAUGGGAGCGCCGUCUUUUGUUGUGUUGGCAUGGGCUUGACGAGGUACAUUACGGCAUUCUACGACGAAUUGGCCCUGACGCUGAAACUACGCCUGAUAACGCCGGACCGUCCGGGCGUCGGUGACAGCGAGCCCUAUGCCGAGGGCACCGCAACGCCUUUGGGCUGGCCUGAUGACGUAUAUGCUAUUUGUCAGGCUCUCAAGAUCACCAAGUUCUCGAUCCUCGCGCAUUCUGCCGGCGCUAUUUAUGCGCUUGCUACCGCACUCCGAAUGCCCCAGCAUAUCCGCGGCAGGAUACACCUGCUCGCGCCCUGGAUACCACCCUCACAGAUGAGCGUGUUUGGAGCAAGCGAGAAGACCCCAUUACCCCCAACCAAUGCCAUCCCCACCAGUCAGAGGAUAUUAAGAGCACUCCCGACGCCGAUUUUAAAGGCUGCCAACAGCAGCUUCAUGACUGCAACGAGCUCUAGCAUAACUAGUUCGUUACCAAAACAGAAACGCACCAAGCGUGAUAAGAAGAAUAAGGACAACAAGGAUCAACCGAAGGGCAUGUUCCACGCCGCGCUGGAAAACAAGGAGAAUAUCGACCCCGAGAAUUCGAAGAGUUAUGCCACCAUACCGGCUGCAGACGAAAACAUGGACCGCGUCCGGCCGGAAAACAGCACCACCAAUAACGGUUCCCAGGGUCACGGCAUCGGCGGGCAUCGUCACCGCCGCUCCAACUCGUCCUAUCAGGGGAUGCGGAGGGAGUCAGAGGAUCCGAUUCUCUCCUCGGCGGCGGCGCUGGCCACUUCGCAGGCUGCCGACCGCGAGCGGCAGGAGCUGUAUGACAGCCGCCUGACGCACGCGAUCUGGCAGCUGGCGACAACGGGCGCCAACCCUGCGGUCGACCUGCUCGUGUGUCUGGAGCGCCGGCAUACCAUUGGCUUCCGUUAUGUCGACAUCACCCGGCCGGUGGUGAUUCACCAUGGAAGCCGGGACACGCGCGUGCCCGUGGACAACGUCCGGUGGCUGGGCAAGACGAUGCGCCGGUGCGAGGUGCGCGUGCUCGAGGGUGAAGGCCACGGUUUGAUGGCAAGCGCGCAAGUCAUGGGCGGCGUGCUCAUGGAGAUUAGUACGGAAUGGGAGGAGUGGUCGAGAGUGACGGGGGCCACCAAAAGAGAGACCGAGAGGACGAGAAGGAACACGAUCGGGCAGCGGUGA